GGGCGGGUCGGGCUGUACAGUGUUGAGGUGGGGGGAAAAGCCCCGGGGAGGUUGUGUGAGAUGGUGGAAGUUGUCUUUCAGUGAAUCGCUGAUUCGCUUCCUCGCGCUCUGUCCGCCGCCGCAGAAAUGCCGAACAUCGUGCUGUUCAGCGGCAGCUCGCACCAGGACCUGUCCCAGCGGGUGGCCGAAAGGCUGGGCCUGGAGCUCGGCAAAGUGGUGACCAAGAAAUUCAGUAACCAGGAGACAUGUGUGGAAAUUGGGGAGAGUGUCAGAGGAGAAGAUGUAUACAUAAUCCAAAGUGGCUGUGGGGAAAUCAAUGAUAAUUUGAUAGAGCUGUUAAUCAUGAUCAAUGCCUGCAAGUUUGCAUCAUCAUCUCGAGUCACUGCAGUUAUUCCUUGUUUUCCCUAUGCUCGACAAGACAAGAAGGACAAGAGUCGCGCCCCAAUUUCAGCUAAGCUUGUGGCCAACAUGUUGUCAGUUGCUGGAGCAGAUCAUAUCAUCACCAUGGAUUUGCAUGCCUCUCAGAUACAGGGUUUCUUUGAUAUUCCUGUGGAUAACUUGUAUGCAGAGCCAGCAGUACUGCAGUGGAUAAAGGAGAAUAUUCCAGAGUGGAGGAAUUCAAUAAUUGUCUCUCCUGAUGCUGGUGGAGCCAAAAGGGUAACAUCAAUUGCUGAUAGGUUGAAUGUUGAAUUUGCACUGAUCCAUAAAGAGAGAAAGAAGGCAAAUGAGGUAGAUAGAAUGGUGCUCGUUGGCGAUGUUAAAGAUCGAGUGGCCAUUCUUGUGGAUGACAUGGCAGACACAUGUGGGACAAUAUGUCAUGCUGCUGACAAGUUGCUGUGUGCUGGUGCUACCAAAGUUUAUGCUAUCCUUACUCACGGUAUCUUCUCUGGCCCUGCCAUUAGUCGAAUAAAUAAUGCUGCAUUUGAAGCUAUUGUUGUUACAAACACCAUUCCACAAGAAGAAAAAAUGAAAAUUUGCUCAAAAGUUCGGGUGAUUGAUAUAUCGAUGAUCCUUGCUGAGGCAAUACGCAGGACCCACAAUGGAGAAUCUGUGUCAUAUCUUUUCAGCCAUGUUCCCCUGUAAGGUGACGAGACUUCAGAUCUACUGAGUAGUUCUGGUCUGAAAGUUGCUCUGUUUGCAUAUCUGAGGAACCCAUCAUUUACGUACUGGAAUACUGCACACCCAAUAAGAAAGGGCCCACUGCUGUAUCAAACUGGAAGUUACAUCCAUAUUUGCAAGUUGAAAACAUAAAAACAUAACUAUUUCAAAUGUCACGGACUGGAUUUUAUUUCUCUCAAUGCACAGUGGAAGGAUGGCCGAUCUGUUUUUUGUACUUUUGAAAAUAUAAUCUUUCAUGAAGUGAAUUUCUAUGAAAUCUCAAACUUGUUAAUGGCUAUGUGGCUUCCUUAUACCAGUGCACAAGUCUGUUAAAUAUUUGUGGCUAUGUGCUGAUAUUGUUUAUUUUAUGAGGAAACAAAUUUUUGAGGUGCAACCAUAGUAAUAAUUGCCAACAGACAUUCCAUAAGAUAUUAAAACUGAUUUGAACUUUCAGACAUGGUCAAAUAUUUGCAUUCCGCAGCAAGAGCGAAACUGGCCAAUGAACUUUUUAGUUGGUUAAUAAGUGAAUUCCACUACCAAUAUAAUUUUGAAGUCUAAAUACAGAUCUUGCAGCCAAAUUGCAGUGUGUCAAGUGGUUUAAAUAAAAUAUCUCUGCAGAAACAGUAGCUCUUCAAUAAUGUGCUGUCUUUGUCCAGAAUGCAGAUGUGCAGAAGCUCAUAACAAUAUAAGAAACGCAUUCUUUAGUGCUGCAGCUUCAUAGAGAGCAAAGCACAAGUCCAGCCUCUUCCCGUUUGCAAUUGCUAACGUACAGCUGCUUCUGAUAAACAGGGUGUUGAUUUUAAAGAGCAUUAGUCCCUUUAGAGAAUAGGCAGCUUCUGAGCUCUUGUUUGAAUUUUGCACAUGGCCUUUUUUAUCUUGGUGAGCAACCUCUUUCAAAAACUAUUCAAAUACAUGAUUUGGGAUGACUCAAAAUAAAGUUGAAGCUCUUUGUUUCACUGUAUGUGCUAAUUAACAAUACCGCAGUGCUGUGGGUCCAGAUGUCAGAGGAAAAGGUUUUCUGACAAAUGCAAAGCUGUUUUGUUUUAAGUGUGGGGUAAGGGAUAUCUAUGCAGCGAAUGUGCAAGGCACUUUUGUCCUUUGUUGGCUUCCUCACCUCAUUAAAGUAAUAAUGUACAAUUCUGAAUUCAACUCUUAUUUUGUCUUUAACCUUGCAAUGUCUACACAAGGUAAAAUGCUUCAGACGACCAUACCAGCAGAUCACCUUUUGGUACUGUGUAUGUUGGCUGGGGGUUUACAUUCAAAAAUAUGUUACACUGCUAAAGUUCUGUGGAACUUUGUGAUCCCUUCAAGGUCUCAAGAUGUAACUGUUUUGUUCCUUGUUAGUGGCUAUUUGCUCUUAGCAAAUACUCAACUCCAGCAAAAAUCAAACCAGCUUGCAAAUUUUUAUUUUUAUGCUAUGUAAUUUAUUAAGUUAGCUGAAUAAGCGAAAUUUUUGUAAAGCAUGUUGGAAUUGUUUGCUGUUCAAAUUCAAAUUAUCAUCACUAUUUUGUGGGGAUUCUAAAUUGUCCUUGAUAAUUGUCUGUUUACGCAUGUACUCCUGUUUUAUGUUGCUAUUUGCAGAAUACAGAGGCAAAAGACAAAGGAUGGUCUAAGCAGUUGGGCAAAUGUGACAUGACUCAAUAUUUGCCUCUGGCUUUUUUGUGACAGUGGGACAGGACUGAUGGAGAGAUGGCAAACCACUUAAGUUUUAGUAAUCAUAGUUUCUAGACAUGCUCGUGAUAAGUUUGAGCUGUGGCAGGAGAAAUCUUGAGGUACAAACACUUUGGGAGGGAGAUGAAUUGAGAAUGGGAAGUGAGGCUGGAAAUGGAAGUACUAGAAAAAAAAUUGGGAGAAAUAGAUGACAUUCUAAUAUUUAAGGCCAAUGGAAAUACCUAGUGAGGUUUAGGAACAGUAGCUGCAUUGUCAACGUGGAGCAUUUGAAAGGAGGUAAAAGUAUAAGAUAUAGGAACAGAAGUAGGCCAUUCAGCCCAUCAAGUCUGUUCUGCCAUUCAAUAUUUUCAAUAAAAUCAUAUCUGAUCAUCCUCAAAUCCACUUUCCUGCCUCUUCCCUAUAACCCUUGAUUUCCUUACUGAUUAAAAAUCUAUCUCUGCCUUGAAUACUCUUAGCAAGCAGUCCAGUCUCAACAGUCCUCUGUGGUAAAGAAUUCUACAGAUUCACUACCCUCAGAAGAAACUGCUGCUCAUCUGUCUCAAUUGUGACCAUAAAUCACCCUUUCUCCACCCGUCCCUGCUCCUGGACUCUUUUUCAUGUUGAAGUAACUUGUCAGCAUUUAUCCUGUCAAUUUCCCCUAAGGAUCUAUCAUUUCAUUACAGUCUCCUCUCAUUCUUCUACAUUCCAGUGUGUACAAGCCCAAUCUGCUUAAUCUCUCCUUAUAAAGUUCCUCAAUAUGAGAUCAAUGUAGUGAACUUUUUCGAUUUUGAUUUAUUACAGUCACGUACUGAGAUACAGUGAAAAGUGUCUUCAUGUAUAGCAGGGCAAUCAAACAAUGCAGAAUGUAGUGUUGAGGUGCAUGGGUGUAGCAUUAUUAGGAGAAAUAUUCUAUGAUUUGGGAGCCCUGUCAUGUAAAUACUGUGGGUGGGGUUGUGAGGAGAAAUGUGGAGUGUAGUAGUAGUCGAGGUCAGUUUUGGGAAGGUGAUUUAAAGAAUUUAGGAGGGUUGUUUAGAAUGAGGUGGGCUGCUUAGGUAAUAGGAAUGAAGGUGCCUGCUUUUUUUUUUGGGGGAGUGGGUAGUAGAAAAUUGAGUCUUUAUGGGUAAUCCUAUCCCCACCAAUGAUAAUUCCAGUACGUGAGCUCUAAAGGUUAAGUGUUGAUAUCUCUGACAACUUCAGAUUAUAUAUUGCCACUUGGCAAUUUCAACAUAAACUAGCUAUGCACUAAUUUAAAUGCCACUAUUUUUUUACUGCUCCUGACUUGAGAGUUAUGAAAAAUGUUUGCCGGAACCUGCUACUACUCGGGGAGGUGGCGGGGGGAAGAAGCUAUACAGUCACUUCCCUGAUCACCGGUCAGCAAGUGGUUUAUUAAAAUACUUUAAUUACAAUUUCAGCCAGGGAUUUGAUCAUUUUCAUCCUGGACACAUGGCAAACUGUGUUAGAACAGUACAGAUAAUGUAGUGGCAACUGGAACAAUUCAAUCAAGGCUAUAUAGCUUUUGUGUGCCUGGCAUAAUUAAGUGUAAAAAGAGAUAACCAAUUAUACUUCAAACAGGGCAUGCAUUUUUGCACAAGCUUUUUGAUAGAGCUAGAUAGGAGUGUUAAAGAUGGAUGUAACUCACUGUGGACAAAUCUUAGCAUUUUGAAAGCUACAUGAUGGAUGAAGCUUUGUGAAUUCACUGUAUGAUGCCAUUCCAGGAUAUUAAAGUUGCAGAAUAUUGCUAUGAACCAAA